AUGUCAUCAACAACUCAACCACAACAAGAGACCCGUUUGGCUCAAGCCAAGGCAACAACCCCAGCUAUGCGCUCUGGUUCUAAACGCCCUGCUAAACGUUGCCGCCGGGAGGACAACCUGACUCAGGAGGAGAUCGAUCUUGAUGAGCCUGACAAUGAGCCUCCUUUGCCUUUGAAUACCACUAUCACCAAUGUCGAUUUCAACCUCUCUGAUAUUACUUUGCAAAACUAUCAUGCAGCCAAGAAAUUCUGGCCUGUCGGGCAAAUUCAAGCACAAUUGAAUCGACAACGCUUGGCGAAUCAUCAGUUAAGCGCUGCCGUCAUUGCAGAAGGACAGGCUGUCCUUGAGGACCUGGCCCAUACAAUUCACAUGAUUGCAAUGGUCUCCGGUGUGGACAUUACGAAAUUAAAGGGCUUGAUGCGUGGGACACACGGAGAAAACCUGUGGCACCGUUGGCCGAGUUUUGCAAUUGAGGCUAAUGCCAAUCCAAUGCCUGUACGAGGAGACCCUAAUUCCAGUGGAUACCCAGACUACUCUUCAAUCACCAUCACUGAUAAUAGCAAUAUGUUUGGUGACAGUUCUAUUCUAGUACCUGAGGUCCCAAAGCUUAAGGAGGAAGAGGAGCUUCUAUAUUGCCCCAUUUAUGAGAAGCUGGUCGAUACGAAAAAAGUGGAAAGGGAUCGCAAAUUGAAUACACCCUUGGCAUCUUGUCAAAAACAAGAGAAACAAUCUCUUCAAUGUAUGGAAAAGAUAGCGCAAGAACUUGCCCAAUACCACCACCUUGUGGGACUUGAAUAUUACAUAAUUGCAUGUAGCAGCAGUUCAUCUGGUGGAGGUUGGUGUAGAGAAUGUACAUCUUGGGAUGAGAUGUCUACUUGGGUCGAAACAAAGGCACAACUCAAAUAUGAUUUCCCCCUUUUUGGUCAAAGUGGAAGUACAAUUGACCAAGUCAAUUUGGUUGCAGCAGCAAAAAACACACCUUCUGUUACUCACAAAGCGUCAAACAACAAAUCCGACACGGAUAAGAAGACGUUGAGUGACAUGUUGAAUUGA